CUCACGGUGGCGAUGCUGCUGAAGCCGUUUGCUAGCCGGACGGCUGGUCACCGGAGCUCCGGUAAAUAAAAACUGUCCUGGGGUAUUUUUCCGCGACGUUAACCGGCGCUGUGUUUGUGUUUAACGGGACUCGAGAUGCGGCGGUAGUCGGUGUGCACGCGCAGUGAGCCGCGUGCCCGCAGAGCAGCGGCGGGCGGUUAUGCUAACCAGCGGCGGCUAGUUAGCUCGCUAGCAGCUAACAUUUAACGCACAUCUGCUUGAGUCGUCAUGCUCGCUCCGUCCUCCGGUGUGUGUGCUUCAGUUCGCCGCGGCCUCACGUCUCCCCUCGGGGCAGAAAUAACCGACAGUUAGCGCCUCCUCCAGCCCGACAUCAUGACUCACACUCAGUGAGCUAGCCGGGCUGGGGUUAGCCUGCCCGUUAGCGGCUAACUUCUGCUAGCAGCAGUGCGAGUCUACGAGCCGCUGAGUGAUGUCUGUCCGAUGGAGCUGAACCGUCGCUCGGCUUGCCAAAGAUGACGGGCCGCCUGAGCCGGGUUUUUGUGCCUCUGUCAGCAGGAGGCAGAACAUGGAAGCCGAGGAAGAGUGGAAGAAAGACCUGAGCGCACACAAACUGCUGGAUAAAAAGGUGCUCUGCAAGCAGAAUGGCAGAAUCGGUAUAGUGCGAACUCUUCACAGCCUGUUGAAAACCCAAAACAAACUGCAGAUUCAGUCCAUCACCCGCUCAGAAUGUGCUGGCUCUUGUCCAAAUCUGAUGAUGAGUAGGAGCGAGCACGUCGAUGGGAGGCCCGUCCCCGUGGCCCUUACCCCCCAGCUCCCCCCCAGGGCUCACCGGCCCCUCUGCAUGUCGGUCUCCUCCGACAGCAGCGGACGCUUCAAAGCUCUGGAGACACAGGAGUGGAAGAACAACCUCAAAGCUCAGAUGGAGCAGGCCCACAGUGCGGGAGCAGCCAGCAGCACAGGAUCUCUGGAGCGAGCGUCUCUCUUCUGCGCCUCAGCGUCCACCACAGCGUCCAGCUCGGGCCUGUCCAGCCCAGUGGAGAUCCUCAACAAGAGCAAAUCCUCCAGCCGCUUUUCUCUCUUCUCUCCGCCCUGGAACAGCAGCUCCGAGUCCGACUCCAACCCACCCUCCCGCUCAGGCUCGAAAAAGCUGCGUAACUACAGCAGGAGAGCCGCCACGGGGCCGGCAGGUGCCAGGGGCCCGGAUACACCUGAGCCCAAACCCAGCGGCCCUGAACACUUCCAGUACUCUGAACCCGUCAUCUCUAAGGUGACGGACUACAUCUAUGUCGGCAACCUGAAUGCGGCGUACAACGGGCGCACCCUGUGCCGCAACAACAUUGACAGCAUCAUUGACAUGAGCAGUGUGCCGGGAGAACCGGGCCCCAGCCUCAUCCUUAUACCGUGCACCUGCUCCCGCGGCGCCCGCCACAGCUGGUCCCGCCUCAAGGUGGACAUCGGAGAUGUGCCGGACGCUCUGGGUGACGGCCCUGCGCUGAAGCAGCGCUGCUUCGAGGACAUCAACGAAUGCAUCGACGCCUCCACUGAGAAGAGGAAGCGCGUCCUGGUCCACUGUCGCGAUGGCUUCUCUCUGGCGCCGACGUGCAUCAUCCAAUACCUGAUGGUGAAACAAAACAUGAGGCUGAUCGCCGCCUACGAGCUCCUGAGGGCCAAGUACCCGGUCAACAUCAGGGAGUGCCACCAAAACGUGCUGGUGAGCCUGGAGAGGGCGCUGCGGCCCGGAGGCAACGUCGACCCCGAGUGCUUCAAACAGGCCAUCUCCCGCAGAGUGGCGUGGACCUGAUUCCCAGCGUGCUCGGCCGCUGCUCUCUUUAUUCCUCCACCCUCCCACGGUGUUAGAUAUUUUCCUCAUGACAACCCAGGGCAGCUGUACUCUCCCUUGUAGACUGAUCACCUGGAUGUUAUCGUCCCCACCUGAGUUCAGUGGUCGUAAAAGUUAGGAAUUUGAUGUAUUUCCUCUUCAAACCUGUAAAUGUGACCUGGCUGUGACGCCGAUCCCCCCUCUCACAACAGUAGACGCAAUAGACUUCACUGUAAUAUACUCGGCUUCUCUCGGUAUAACGAUGUGAUCGUGUUGGCUGUAUAGUUGAUAUAGUCCUGCUUCAGUUCUGUGCCAUGCCAUCGUAGUGGUGUUUUAUAUCAGGGGAAUUUCUAAACGGGAGAUCUCAGGAGAUUAUUGAUGUCAUUCCAGCACAGGGUGGGAGGUUACUCAUGAGGUUAGUCUGCGACCCCGUUCACACCUGGCACUAAAAUGCGUCUUUGUGAGCUGUGUGUGUAGCACCCACAGACUGUAUAAAAAGAUUGAUGAUGAGUCCCCACUUCCCCCCACCAUGUUUAAGUAAAGCUAAAAUAUCCCGGAUGAGGUUGCUGCCAUCGUGCGCUGGUGACAUCAUUCGGAGCCAGAGUCUGCGCAGUGGCGAUAUCCGUGGUGGGGGAGCUCCUGCCAAAACAUCUGUCCCGUCCCAGCUGUCAGUCAUGGCGGAAAAUCCCCUUUUUGUAGAAUUAAAUCAGUACUUAAAAUAUAAACAAACACUUGCACAAACAUCAGAAUAACGAGAACUACCUUCGGUGACAGAAACCAUCUUUGGGAAACACCAGGGGGCGACACUGACUCCCAACGAUUCACUUUGGGUGAACUCAUGUUGUCCAUCUUUAUAUACAGCCUAUGUUAGCACCUAAGGUUAGGAAAUAUAUCCAGUGGAGAUGGGCAAUAUGGCUGUAAAGUAAUAUCAUAUUUCAGGGUUUCCGAUAACAAUAUUCUUGACAAAGAUAUUGAGAUAAUGUUCUUAUUAAAUUCAAGAAUACAUAAUUACAACAAAAUAAGUGUUAUAGUCGUAAAUGCCCACAUAAAUGUAGUCUGCCUUCAAAUAGUCAGUAAAAACUUAACAAAAAUUAUCUCGUUUUUCUAGGUCACAUGAUGC